AUGCCGGCAGACAAGAUGUUAAGCCUGGUAGAAUCCAUCACCAAUCGACUCAAUUUCGGCAACAAGCCAGCGAUUAUAGACCCAUACCACACACCAUUGAACACUCAGAUACUCUAUUCUUCGCUCUCAUCGACUACCAAGAAACUAGCAAACCAACUGUUGAUCAAGCUGCAAUCAUCCUCUCAACAUCUCAACUCGAAAUUGGACUCUCUUGACCAUCUGGAUCUAGACCAGCUAAUCACCCAAACACCAGUCGAUUCGACCCAUCAACUGGUGAUAUUGCUAUUGCCCUCCUACAACGUCGAGUCCCCCGUCGAUUCGGUACUCGCUCAAUUCAGAGACGCUCUGUUCGACUUUAGGUUAUCCAAAAACUCUCUCGCCGGUCUUUCUUUCGCGGUCAUCGGCAUCGGGCACUCAGAUUAUGCCGAUGAGUUUUGCAAACAAGCCAUUGAACUAGACGAGAUAUUAGAAGGAUUGGGCGCUCGAAGGGUAAUACCUCUUCAGAGGAUCGACGUCUCUAUCGACCCUGAACGGGAUCUCGACGUUUAUUAUCAUUCUAUUCUUGCGAACAUCUUUCGGCCCUCAGUCAAAUCGUUCUCUGAACUGCCAACCGUCAAGUCUCAGCAGCUCAAGUACUCAUCAGAGGACGAGGAAGAAGAAGAAGAUUCCAACAACUCAGAUGAUGAAUUUGUAGAUUAUUCAAAUUCCAAACCACUUUCUAAAGCUGAGAAAGCGCGCCAGAAGUCCAAAAGAUUGCUCGGUAAAAAAAUGAAUCAAGGCGAGAAAAGCAGCAAAGGAACGCUAGAUAUCGAAGAUUUAGGCGUAGGAGUACCCCAGAUUGAGAACCUCAUCUCAAACUCAAAAGACGGCGAAGACCAAAUGAUUAAGAAAGAUAUGAUCAGUCCCAUGACUCGAAAAAGCUUGACCAAGCAAGGAUAUGCAAUCGUUGGCUCUCAUAGUGCGGUCAAAACCUGUCGCUGGACCAAAGCCUCUUUGAGAGGUAGAGGGUUUUGCUACAAACACGCGUUUUAUGGCAUUCAAUCCCACCAGUGCAUGGAAGCUACCCCAUCGUUAGCUUGUGCAAACAAAUGUACCUUUUGCUGGAGAUCCCACACUAAUCCAGUUGGAACUUCAUGGAGAUGGAAGACGGAUGAUGCACAAUUUGUGGUAGAAGAGAGCUUGAAGGAACACGAUCGACUAAUUAAGCAGUUAGCAGGGAUGCCAGGCGUCCGACCAGACAGGUUUAAUGAAGCCCGAACUCCACGACACGCUGCCUUGAGUCUUGUUGGAGAACCUGUCAUGUUCCCUCACAUUAAGAAAUACAUCAGCCUUCUGACAGAGAAACGGAUUUCGACAUUUUUAGUGACAAAUGCACAAUUCCCAGAAUCCUUAUUGGAUUUGCCGCCCGUGACACAGCUAUACCUAUCGAUCGACGCGGGGACGAAAGAGUCACUCAAGUCGAUCGAUAGGCCGUUGCACAGGGAUUUCUGGGAACGGUUCCUUGAAUCGAUCGACAUCGUUCGCAAGAAAAGGAUUCGGACGGUUUUCCGGCUGACAUUGGUCAAGGGUGAAAACUCGGACGAGAUUAAGGAGUAUGCUGAAUUGAUUCGUCGAGGCCAGCCUGACUUCAUUGAAGUCAAAGGUGUAACCUACUGUGGAUACCCAGGAUCAUCAAACCUGACGAUCAAGAACUCGCCCUGGCACAAUGAAGUGAUCAAAUUUGUUGAAGACUUGUGCGAAGAAAUCAAUGAUCCCCGGUACAGGUCGUCUCAAGACCAGGGGCCGAUUGCCGAAUACGGCUUGGCAGCCGAACAUGCACAUUCGUGCUGUGUCUUGGCUGCCCAUCAAAAAUACUACUUUGACGAUCAAUGGCAUACUUGGAUCGACUACAACAAGUUUUUCGAAUUGGUGGAAGCUGGACAGAAAGACUUUGAAGGAUUAGAUUACUGUGACGUGACGCCCGAGUUCGCGCUUUUCGGUUCCCCUCAAGCUGGCUUCUCGCCCGAAGAUCAGCGCUGGUUCCGGAAAAAAACUCUUGCUAAAAACAACCAGCUUGACCAAGUUGAUGACCCCUCUUCUGCUGCUGCUGCUGCUGCUGCUACCACUGAACAUGAGCAAGAUCUUUGA